AUAUAAACUUGUACCUGAAGGAAUCUGUGUUUCCACCUAAGGAACAUACAGGAAAUUCACCUGCAAAGUCAGCAUUUAUUCUACUUGGUGCAGAGUCUUGACAGUGAGAAAAAAAAGAGUAGAGGUGUAUAGUCAAGGCAGGUGCGGGUUAUGGAGAAAGUUCUUUGAAGGAAACUCCCACUUGGGCUGUUGCUCUUGUUUGUGCUAUUUUUGUUAUCAUCUCUGUCAUCAAUGAGCAUGUCAUCCAUUACCUUGCUCAGUGGUUUCAAAAGCGCCAAGGCCAUGGCUGAGGCUCUAAUCUGUGCAGAACUGAUGCUGCUGGGCUUCAUAUCUCUGCUUAUAACAGUCGGCACAAAACCCAUCUCUAUGAUAUGCAUUCCUGAGAAAGCUGCCAACAUCAUGCUUCCAUGCAAAGAGUAUGACAAGGAUGAUGAUAGUGAGAAAGAUAAAGACAAAGAUAAAGGUGAUGAUAGAAGAAAAUUAUUGUGGUAUGCUGGAGAUGCUAUGUAGCGUCGAGUUCUUGCUCCAGCUUCAGCUGGAGAUGAUUAUUGUUCCAAAGAUGUAAGAUUACUGCAAUUCAACCAGAUCUUAAUCUCACUCUAGCUGUAGUUGGCUAUAAAGAUAUAUGAGUUAUUAUGUAUGGUGAAUCAAUUGCAGGGUAAAGUACCAUUAAUUUCACAAUCAGGGGUGCAUCAAUUGCAUAUAUUCAUUUUUGUGCUUGCAGUCUUUCAUGUACUCUGCAGUGUUAUCACCAUUGCUCUUGCAAAGGCUAAGGUACAUGUGCCACUAUAUUACUUUCCCUCUCUAUGCCUUGGUCACUCAGGUGAGAAUAUAAACAUAUCCCAGACUGACAAACAACUAACAGCUGAGUGCCUCUCUCAUGCUGCAGGAGUCCGUUUAAACCCUGACACUCCUUUCUCCUUUAAAAAUUUAUGAUUUACUAAAAAAGAAGACGAAAAGUAAUACAAGGAUUAACAAUUAAGCAACAUUGUAGAUGGGGUCUCACAUGAAGAAGGCAAUUUUUGAAGAACAAACAGCAACAGCUUUGAAAAAAUGGCGAAAGGCCGCAAAGGAGAGAAACAGGCAGAGGAAACCAGCAACAGAAGCUAAUUCAUGUGGAUUCAUGGUCCAGAGAGUAGCACAGCACCAAGUAGAGGCACUUCACCAAUGCAUCUGCUUCAGAAGUACAAGGACAAUUCAGCAGACUUAGAAAGUGUAUUGAGUUCUCCUGGAGCUUAUUAUUUUGAAACUGAAUUGUCAGAGAAUGGAGGCCGAUCCACUCUUCUUUAGUAAUGAACAUCAGGCUGCAAGAGAAAACUUAAAUUGUAGAGAGUCAGAGUGCUGAAUUCUCUUUCUCUAACAAUUAGAACAUGUUACUGUAUACAAUGGCAUUCUUCUUGUUGUGAUUUUUAUUUAUUUAUUCGUAGGAGGCCCAAUGGUCGUG